AUGGCAUUGAGAGGCAACAUGUUGGUGGUGGUGUUUGUGAUGGUUUUGGGUUGCUCAUUUGUUGGUGGACUUGAAAUUAAUUUUUAUAGGGAUAGAUGUCCUAGUGCAGAGCUUAUUGUAAAUCAGGAGAUAAAAAGAAGUAUGUUGAAUGAUCCUUCAACUGGUGCAGCACUUGUGAGACUGGCUUUUCAUGACUGCCAAGGUUGUGAUGGCUCAGUUCUUCUUAGGGAUUCAGAAAGCUUGACAACUGAAACAUUGUCUGACAUGAAUUUCGGAAUACGAAAGCUCGAGAUAAUUGAUGAGAUAAAGACUUCUUUAGAGACAAUUUGUCCUCAAACUGUUUCUUGUGCUGAUAUAAUUCAGUUAGCUGCAAGGGAGGCUAUUCUUUCGACAGGAGGACCAUAUAUAGAGGUUUUAACUGGAAGAAGAGAUAGUAUAUCUACAAGCAAGGACAGAGCUGACAAGCAGCUUCCGGCUGCUGAUAUCUCAAUCGACGAAUUCAUAGAGAUUUUUCGGCAGAAGAACAUUAGUCUGGAAGAUGCAGUUGCACUGAUUGGGGCUCAUACUCUGGGCAUAGGCCAUUGCCGGAGCUUCGAAAACCGACUCUGGGAUCCAAUGGAAGAUCCCACAUUGUCACCUUCCUUCACAGCCAUGCUGCAAGUAAUUUGCAGCAAUCCUUCUCUCUCUGACAUAGCUUUUGCGACGAAUGAUGCCACGACCUUUGCCUUCGACAACAGCUAUUUCCUUGAUGUCUUAAAUGGAAGAGGACUCCUCAAGAUUGAUUCUGAGAUCUCAAGAGAUCUCAGAACACUACAAUAUGUAGUUGGAUUUGCAAGGAACCAACAGUGGUUUUUCAACAGGUUUUCAGCUGGUUUUAUGAAGCUGUCAAGCUACAAAGUCUUAACAGGAGAAGAGGGAGAGAUUAGAAGGGAAUGUAGAUUUAUUAACAAUUAG